UGCCGCUCAAGAUCCUUUUUUCCCUCCAAAAGUUUCUCAUGUACUGACAGUAAAGUGACAAUCUUGUACUUAAAUCAGUUUAUCAGGGGUACUUGAGUAAUUACACCCACAGCAGCAGAACUGACGUCCAGUUUAUAAACAGACAUAUGUUUCUUAAAAAAAAAAAAAAAUAAAUAAAUAAAAAGACACCACCUUCGCCAACGUUCGUUCUUCACACUUCGGUCUGAAAAACCUUAAACGACAACUUGUGAAUAGUUUAUGGAAACCGAAAUGGAUGUCGACGAGAGAUUAACAGACUUGAAGAAGGCGUCUGCAGAUAUAAUCUUGAACACAAAGAAGGAGGAAGCAGCGAGGAUUAUGAUGUGGGAACAGAAAGCUCAAUGUUUUGAGAAGGAGCUGCAUGUGGUGAAAGAAAAGGGGCUACUCAGGUUGAUGAGGCUCAAACAGAUUAUGGAUUCUAAGAUUAUUGAAGCAGAGUUGACAUCGUUGAGUCAACAGAAGAAGAUCGAAGAACUUGAAGCUCAACUUGAGGAAGCAGAAGAUAUUGUAAGUGAUCUCACGGUUGAGUUGAGAGAAGUUGAAGCUGAACUUGAGAGAGUCGGCAGCGAAGAGAAAGAGGGAAAGCAAUCACAGGAUCUUGAUACUACUAAUCCUGGAGAACUAACAAAGGUGAACGCAGUUGUAUUGCCUCCAGAGUCACAGGGUGAUUCUGUGACAACUUCUAAUACGGAGGUCGAUAGUAUGAACCAGAAAAUUGGGAGUUACCAUUCUUGUCAUACAAAGAUUAACACGGGAAAUUGUUAUGUUGCUAGUGCAGAUUUACCCUCUAUAAGUCUGAAAGGCGAAGUGCCAGAGUUAUACCAAAAUGGACAUACACAGAGAAUUCAUGCUGCUGAAGGAAAUCCGUCAGAUAGGGAAAUCAUGCAUAAAGAAACAUUUUCCGAACACUCUUCAAAGAUGGAAAUAAUUUUUUUGAGAGAUGAAUCGACUCUAGCCAGAGGCAAUGCUCCUAUUGAAGAUCCUUCUGAGAUGGCCCUAGGAUUUUUCAAAGGACAAGGCAUGAAGCUGGGAUAUGCAGAAAGUUCUGAUGAUAAAUUGCAAUCUAUUGAUGCUUGUGGUGUUCCUUAUGCCAGAGAUGAGCAUGAGGAGUUAAAGGGAAAGAUGGAUCUUUCAGAACAAGAUAUUGAAAAUAUUUGCAAUCAGUUGCUCUUUAUAAAAAAUCUUUGCAAUCAGCUGUUAAAGUCAGAAUCAAGGGCGUCUGAUGUAGACAAUAGGGUUCCUAGCCAACCUCUAAAUAAUAGAGUGAUUAAGUACACAUACCAAAGAAAGAGGAAGAGAGAAUUGUUGAGUGUAUCUGAUGAGAAUGCUUCAAUUCCAAAGAGCCCUUCAAAGAACAAGAAUGUAUUGAAACUACAUAGUUUUUUGGACACACAGGAUGAGUUCAGUGACAGAAUCAUCUCGUGACAGUUGGCAAAUGGCAUUAGGUUGCUCAACAGGCUGGUAGAGCUCGUCCAACUAUUAUAAUAUGCUUUAUUCCAUCCAAAAGAAAUACUAUGAGAAAGGAAAGGUGACAAAUUUUGAUGUCAUUUUGAUUACUUGAAAACUAUAAUAUAUGAAAGAGGAGAAAACAUUGAAGUUGUGUCUAUUUUUAGAUCUAUGUAGGGAAUUGUCCAGGAGUUUUGAGAAUAUGUUGCAACUCCAUGAAGAUUGGUCUGUUUUCUGGACUUACUGACAGCAUUCCAGGCUUCCACAAAUUCUCACAAUUCAUCAGUUCCUAGCGUUUACAAAGUUUAUACUAAGGAGGCCUCAUUCUAGUGGCAAAGACCAACCUUCUACUCUUAAAAACUUAUUAGCCGUUUGUGUUUGACUAAAUUAUUUGUGGAACACUUUUGUUAAUAUUAUAGAAGUUAUCUGUGUUUGGCCAAUCUUUCCAGAAAUAUUUUUGAGUGCAAAAUUAUGAAAGUGACAUGUAAAUAUUCACUUUACAAUUAAUAUUACUAAAUAGAUAAAUCAUUGGAAAUAUUUAUUAUGAUACUUUAAUUAAGAAAUUCAAUUUCAUUUUAUCAAAAUAUUAUAAAAAAAUCAAAAAAAGAAUGAGAGGGAGCAUGUUUAUGAGACUUUGGUCGUAGAUGUGUUGUUGACAACAUUUGUGUUUUUUUGGUUGAAAAAUGAGCACGUCAAGUUUCCCAAAAAAGUUUGGCUAAACACGCUGUUAAGUUUCUUCAUAGAAAGAUGUCAUAGGAGUCGGAACAAAUUUAUUCCAUCAGGAUAAAUUUUUCAAGUAAGAACAUUUUGGAAUAAUGAAUGUAUCAACUCUGUUUGUUGCAACGAGCAAGUUAUGCUGGUUUAGUACUGUCAGCAGGUUGCCAUUAUGCUUUGCAUCUGCGACAAAGUUUGAUGGCUGUUAAAUGUGGUAGAGUAGUUUUAAAUUUCUGGAAAUAUGUUGUACUGUCUUUUGGAUGCUCAUAU